CCGGGAUGCGAGCAAUUCGCUUAUAGGAGAGAGUGCGUGCGUGAUAUUCUAUCCGGGAGAGUGCGACCAGUUCGCUGACUGCGGCGACAGCGAUUUCGGCAACAUGGGUAACGUUGUGGGGAUUAUUACGAACGGAAUUUAAUUGGGAGCGACCGGAAAAAAUGGCAGAGAGGUUGGAGUGGGUUGAGAUCAUCGAGCCGCGCACGCGGGAGCGCAUGUACGCCAACCUCCUCACCGGAGAGUGUGUGUGGGACCCCCCUCAGGGGGUGCGUAUCAAGAGGACAGGGGGCAACCAGUGGUGGGAGCUGUUCGACCCCAACACCUCCCGCUUCUACUACUACAACGCUUCCACGCAACGCACCGUCUGGCACCGCCCGCAGGCCUGUGACAUCAUCCCCCUGGCCAAGCUACAGACGCUGAAGCAGCACACGGACGUGCCCUGCCCGGGAGGGACGGGGGGUGACAAAGGAGGGAGGACGUCAGCUGAUAAAAGUCCAGGGAGGAGCAGUGCCGUCAGUAGAGAGGGGAGCACCUCGUCUUCACUGGACCAGGACCUGACCAGAGAGGAGAAACAGGGGAGCACCUCGUCUUCACUGGACCAGGACCUGACCAGAGAGGAGAAACAGGGGAACAGAGAGGAGACAGAGAGGACCUCUCCGUUCAGGUGGAACACAGGUACUAAGGAGAGGAUGCUGAUCAAGGUGACAGACAGAGAACCCAGCUUCCUCUCUCACCAGGGGAAUGGUUACUCCCCCUGCGACCCCCCACCCUCCCCAGUCCCUGCACCCGGCACUGGCACAGCCUCCCGUACCCGCCGAUCCUCUGGAGGCUCCGCCCCCCCUGAUGGUGCCCCUGACGGCUCUCCCAUCCUCUAUGUUGACCGCCACCAGUCGCCCUUCCUAAAACGGGCGGAGCUAGGGGGCGGAGGAACAGGGACCCACCGGCGCUCGUCGGCUGACUCACAACCCUCUUCCCCCCGCUAUGCCUAUGAACCCCCCCUCUACGAGGAGCCCCCCUCGGAGUACCAGCCCGCGCCCAUCUACGAGGAACCUCCCACAGAUGUGAUGCGCCACCUGGGCUCUGACUCCUCCUCCUUGCUGUACGGCACAGGGAAGUCCCCCACCCGGGGAAAUCCCUCCUCGGGGACGCCCCUCUAUCUCUCGCCCAAACAGAGCCACUCCCCCUAUGGUCAGCUGGUGUUGACCAGACAGAAGUGCCCAGAGAAGACACAGAGUCUGGAGUACAGCCCUGCAGGGAAGGAGUAUGUCAAACAGCUGGUCUAUGUGGAACAGUCCUCCUCCAGCCCGCGUUUUAAGACGUCCGACCGCCUCCUUCGCUACGGGACCUCCACGGCCACCCCUUCCUCCACGGGGGGUUAUGGGGGCUCCUACGGGGGAUCCUACACCCUCCAACACAGCCAGAGUCUGAUCCGGGACCCCCGGCUGCUGCUGGACUAUGGGGGUGGGGAGGGGGGCGAAGGCGGGGGACAGAGGCUGCUCUACGAGGACUCCAUGUCCUGGAGCUCCAGUCAGCACCACUCCCUCUCCCUCUCCGGGUCUACAGGAGGAGGGGGCUUCUCGCCCGGUGGCAACCGCAAACGCAAGACCCGGAAGCCCUCCCUGCCUCAGGAGCUGGGGAGUUGUGGAGGGGGUGGUGGGGUGGAGCGGGAGGAAGGGCCAAUGUCGGGGACGCUGUCGGAGGCGGUGAUGAACCAGGCCAGGCUGGCGUGGGAGGCCCAGCAGGUGAUGAAGCAGAGGAGCAGUUGGGACUCAGCCCCGGGAGGAGGGGGAUCGGCUGGUGGCUGUGCCCAGGGAGGUGUGUCUAAAGACGGGUACGAGAGCGACGGUGCGGUGCCCCUCCCCCUGCCAGGCCCGGUGGUGAGGGCGUUUAGUGAGGACGAGGCGUUGGCACAGAGCGACGGGCACCACGGGCAUUACCACUGGAGACGCAACACCUUCGACAGACUAGGCUUCCCUCGGGCACUACUGGAGAAGAGCCUGUCUGUACAGACCAACCUGGCCUCGCCUGAGCCCUUCUUACACCCCUCACAGUCAGAGGAUCUUGGAGCCUGUGCUCAGUUCGAGGCAAGUCGUAAUGCUCGGAACAUGAUGCCCAGCGCAAGCUGUGGAGUUUUCCCAGAAUUCACCCUGCGGAAGCCGUCCUCGGAGACCGACAUCGAGAACUGGGCCUCCAAACACUUCAACAAACACACACAGGGUCUGUUCCGGCGCAAGGUGUCCAUAGCCAACAUGCUGGCAUGGAGCAGUGAGCCAAUCAGGAAGCCCAUGAUCGUGACGUCAGACCGCGCGGUGAAGCGGGAGGCGGUGGAGAUCUUUAAACUAAUCCAGACCUACAUGGGAGACCGCCGAGCCAAGACUGACCCACUCACUGUCGCCCUGGAGGUGGCAGUGCGUGGUUGGAGCAGUCAGGGUCUUCGUGAUGAGCUCUACAUCCAGCUCUGUCGUCAGACCACAGAGAACUUCCGCUAUGAUAGUCUGGAGAGGGGCUGGGAGCUCAUGGCUGUGUGUCUGGCCUUCUUCCCCCCAACUCCACGCUUCCACUCCUACUUGGAGGGAUACAUCUACAGACACAUGGACCCUCUCAACGAUACUAAAGGAGUGGCGAUAAGCGGCUAUGCCAAAUACUGUUACCGUAAACUGCAGAAGGCUGCUCUGACCGGAGCUAAGAAGGGGUUGCAGAAGCCGUGUCUGGAAGAGAUCAAACAUGCCAGGAACGCCAUAUUCAGCCCCUCCAUGUUUGGCUCCUCCCUGGAGGAUGUGAUGUCACUGCAGAAGGAGCGUUACCCCGACAGCCAGCUGCCCUGGGUCCAGACACGCCUCUCAGAGGAGGUUCUGGGGCUCAACGGAGACCAGACAGAGGGCAUCUUCAGGGUUCCAGGUGACAUAGAUGAGGUCAACGCCCUCAAGCUGCAGGUGGACCAAUGGAAGAUCCCCACGGAUCUGGAGGACCCUCACAUCCCAGCAUCUCUGUUGAAGUUUUGGUACAGGGAGUUGGAGGAGCCGUUGAUUCCUCAUGAGUUCUAUGAGGAGUGUAUCACUCACUAUGAUGACCCUGAGGCUGCAGUCAACGUUGUCAUGGCCCUGCCUCACAUCAACAAACUGGUGCUCUGCUACCUCAUACGUUUUCUACAGGUGUUUGGCCAACCUACCAACGUGAUGAUAACUAAGAUGGAUGUGAACAACCUGGCCAUGGUGAUGGCUCCCAACUGCCUGCGCUGCCAGUCAGACGACCCACGCAUCAUCUUUGAGAACACGCGUAAAGAGAUGUCCUUCAUCCGCGUGCUCAUCCAGCGCCUCGACACCAGCUUUAUGGAUGGCCUGCUAUAGCCCCCCAACUUCGACUGUGCCCCAAAACGACCAUACGACACGGAGCGCCUCUCUCCCUGCUAUAGCCCCCCACUUUUCAACUACUCUACCCUGAAAAACCCCCACACGGGUUGCCCCCCAAUUUCAAAUGUGCCCAUAAAUCCACCAAGGGUCCACCUGCCCCACAGACCCUGUUCUAGCCCCCCAACAUCAAUUGGGAUGACCAGUUGGGAUACCUCCCAACUCCAACUUCCCCCCCCCCCAUAUACCCUGCUAUAGCCCCCAAACUACAAGUACUGACCCCAAAACCAUCCAUUCACACAGGACGGGAUGAUCCCCGAAGGAGUCCAGCCUGACCCGGACCCCUGACCUCUAACCUCUACCCCCACCCUACACACAGGGACUUGCGUCUCACACACACUGAUGUACAGGGUUACACAUACUCACAUAGACAUACUGGCACAUGUACAUUUACUGACGUGUACACAUACUCAAAUAGACAUACUGACGUGUACACAUACUCACAUAGACAUACUGACGUGUACACAUACUCACAUAGACAUACUGGCACAUGUACAUUUACUGACACACUCACUUGUAUAGUACACAUCCAUACACACAAUUUCUGAAAUCAGGGUGUCGGACCACAAAUCAGCUCCGAACCCAGAGCUGCAGUCAAACUGCCAUCAAAGAAGGUGGAUAAAUGAAGAUGUCCCACUCAGGCUGUUUACCAUUGAUAAAAAUGGCCCGGUCUGCUUAAGGGAUGACUCUUUCAUAGGUACCAAUGCAUUAGCAGCUGAGUCUGGGCUGUUUAGUUCAUUGACUAAAUGAACCAGAACAAAGGAGGGCGAGAGAUGUUUCCUAGAUGUCUCCUCUCCUGUCUCUGCUGCCAUGAAGCCUGUCAGUCCAUCUGCACUGUUGUCACCAACCAACUGAUGUCAAUAAAGUUCUUUAUUUUGAUUCUUUUGGGACGGUGGGGGGGCGAAUCCAGGUCAGGUGCUAGAUGGGAUCAUCGCAGCACUGCCAAUCAACCGUGACUGUUGCAACCAGAAGUGAUAGACAACCCUACAGCCCUUAUCGCCCAUCCACCUGGUACAUAGGCCCUUCUGCCCCACUCACCCCUCUGACCACCCAGACAUCCACAUAACCUCUACCCCAAGAGCCCCUCACCAUCUACCCCCACAGCACAUCCUCAAGAUGGUGCCUCUAUACUCUCAUACUGAUAUGAUUUCCGAAUGUCUAAAUUGAGAUCCGACCACCUCUAUCUGUCUGUCAGUCUGUCUCUCUCAGUCAGAAAAACUGGACCUGUCUUUUGGACAUGGAGAUGGUGCCUCUAUACUCUCAUACUGAUGGUGCACACCUCUAUACUCUCAUACUGAUGGUGCACACCUCUAUACUCUCAUACUGAUAUUGAUGAUAACUGGACCUGUCUUUUGGACCUGCAAAGUUUUCUUUAGUUGCUGAUUUGACUGGGUAUGGAUUAAAAAUAUAUAUAUUAUUAUUUUAUUAAUUGAUUUGUUGUAUUUAACAGAGUUAAGUUUUUUGCCCACUAUUUUAUAUCAUUUAAUUUAUUUGUAUUUAUUUCAGCAAUAUUUCCUAAUGCCUUCUUAUUAGACCAUAUACUUUAGGAUUCACAUUGUCUGUCCGUGUGUCCCACAUUGCACCCUAUUCCCUUUAUAGUGCACUAGUUUUUUGUCAAAAGUAGUGCACUAUAUAGGGAAUAGGGUGCCCUUUGGGAUGCACGUCGUCUUUAUGUUUGAGAGAAAUGAGUGUGGACAUGUAGGCAUGUAUGUGCUUGUGUCUGUGUUUUCAAUACAAUAGGGCAUCACAUGUUCAUGUGCUCUCUGAAGGGUACAGUUGGUGUGUCUCUCUGUGUGUCUGAGAGUUAAAGGCUGUUUUUUUUGUUCUGUUCAAUCUGUGUUUACACACACACCACCUUUAACCUAAUUAAGUCCACAUUCUCGCAGAAGGACUCUCGUACUCAGAUGUUGCGUAUCUGUGGAUGGAUAUUUUCUGCGUUAAAUAGCGGUCAAGCAACAUGUUGAAGAGAUAAAGUGGAUGAGUGAGGAAGAACGGGAGGGGAGAAAGGGGUCUAUGUCACUAUGUGGGGCGGCAGGGUAGCCUAGUGGUUAGAGCGUUGGACUAAUAACCGGAAGGUUGCAAGUUCAAAUCCCCGACAAGGUACGAAUCUGUCGUUCUGCCCCUGAACACGGCAGUUAACCCACUGUUCCCCUGAACAAGGCAGUUAACCCACUGUUCCCCUGAACAAGGCAGUUAAACCCACUGUUCCCCUGAACAAGGUAGUUAACCCACUGUUCCCCUGAACAAGGCAGUUAACCCACUGUUCCCCUGAACAAGGUAGUUAACCCACUGUUCCCCUGAACAAGGUAGUUAACCCACUGUUCCCCUGAACAAGGCAGUUAACCCACUGUUCCCCUGAACAAGGUAGUUAACCCACUGUUCCCCUGAACAAGGCAGUUAACCCACUGUUCCCCUGAACAAGGCAGUUAACCCACUGUUCCCCUGAACAAGGUAGUUAACCCACUGUUCCCCUGAACAAGGUAGUUAACCCACUGUUCCCCUGAACAAGGUAGUUAACCCACUGUUCCCCUGAACAAGGCAGUUAACCCACUGUUCCCCUGAACAAGGCAGUUAACCCACUGUUCCCCUGAACAAGGUAGUUAACCCACUGUUCCCCUGAACAAGGCAGUUAACCCACUGUUCCCCUGAACAAGGCAGUUAACCCACUGUUCCCCUGAACAAGGUAGUUAACCCACUGUUCCCCUGAACAAGGCAGUUAACCCACUGUUCCCCUGAACAAGGUAGUUAACCCACUGUUCCCCUGAACAAGGUAGUUAACCCACUGUUCCCCUGAACAAGGCAGUUAACCCACUGUUCCCCUGAACAAGGUAGUUAACCCACUGUUCCCCUGAACAAGGCAGUUAAACCCACUGUUCCUAGGCUGUCAUUGAAAAUAAGAAUUUGUUCUUAACUGACUUGCCCGGUUAAAUAAAGGUAGUAAUAAAACAUGUACAGUCUGGACAGACCUACUCAUUCAAGGGUUUUUCUUGAAUGAAUAUGUGCAUCCCAAAAGAUACCCUAUUUCCCUGGUCAAAAGUAGUGCAUUAUAUAGGGAAUAGGGUGCCAUUUGGUAGGUAGUGUCCUUUAAAUCAAUGACGUCUAGCAUUACAACACCUGUUACCAAGUGGACCAUUUCUAAUCAAACAAAGCUUGGCAUCAUCUGACACAGGAACAGGAUACAUGUUGUUUGACCACUUUUGAAUGAGCAAAUAGUUCUGAUGAUUAUGACAGAGACAUGAUCUAAUCCAAAAGUAUAAGAUAGCUAGCUGCUCGUUGUGACUCGCCCUGCAGUAACCAGGUUUUUAUCCAACCUUCUUAAGCGAGUGAAGUAUGUCAGAUAAAACAUUUCACGACAGUCCUGAUGGAAACCGCAAAUAACCAUCAUAUCGAAGCAAACUUCGAGUCACGUGAUGAUAUGUUUGGUCGUCUUCCCACUAUAAUACUGCAGUGAUUUAUGCUCCUUUCCAAUAAAUAUUGAGGGUCUUAAACCAGAGAAAUGAUGAUCGAUAUUUGGCUGCCUUUUGACAUAUGAAAAUAAUCUCGCUCUUUUGUCCAUUAUAAUGUGAUCAUAUAUCCUACGUGCACUGUAUCUGCCAGCUGUUGGCUAGAGAGCACGUACCAAGACCAGAGUGGGCACAGUCGCAAUAUAACGCCAUUUAUUGUUUUACAUAACCACAUUUAACUUGUAUUAUUUAUUCGGUACAUUGUCAUUUAACCGCAAAAGUUAUUUUUGUGUGCACUACGUCUUAAGGCACAGACUUUUUCCAGCAACAGGUCAGUUUGAUGAAACACAUCUCGGGUAGGAAAUUGCAUAUUUUUGAAUAUUCACAUGAAAAAUCUGUCGCCAAUUGGAUGUACUCUUCAUUUACGUCUCAACAAUGGCUGAAUUACAAUCUGUAAGUAGUAGAACUGAUCACUCAGUACUUUGGCCAAUACUACAUUUUUUACUGACAUGUUUAAAACUAUUUUCUACAGUGGAAAGGAGGGCUCACAUGUUAACAACAUAGACUACCAAGGGGCACUGCAAAAAUACUACUCUCAGAGACAGAAAGACGGAACAAAAAUGUGUGUGUAUGUGUUUGUGUAAGGGAUGGCAGUAGAAAAUUGACCAAUCAGCAUGCAGAACUUCGGGUCACCACUUUUACAAACAAAGUAAAUAAAUGAAAAAUACAUGAAAAAAAUAAACAUGAAAUACUUACGGAAAGGAUUUACAAACAUGUUAAAAAUAAAUGUUUCCACUUUAAGAGAUGAUUUUUAAUCUCUUUUGUUUUCAAUGAUUACUGGUUGGUUCUCGUUUUUUGAUUUGUUGCUACAUAUGUUCUUACAGUUCGUGUCCAUACUGUUAUUAUCAUUAUUGAUGUAAUUAAAAUGACAGAUAUUGAUCACAAGUAAGGUGGGAAUCAGCUGCUAUGUACUCUGUGCUCCUCACCUCCUCCAACUUCCCCUACCUCC